AUGGCGACCCGCUCGAGCUCCACGAGAGCGACGUCGUCUGGUCAUUCACCGUCUCCAUCGACGGCCGCCGUCGUUUCAAUCCGGAGAAAUCUGGCCUCUCGGCCCUCCUCUCGGACGACGCCCACCUCCCCGUCUGCCGAAAAUCCAGCCCCGUGGCAAUCUCGAAACAGUUACAGCAGGGGGAUAGUGGAGGAGGACGACAGUGGCAGGCCGCACGUGACGUUCUCGGUUGUUCGAGGACACCGGGAGGACACUGAAGGGCUGGGAUUUGCGUCGGGUCCGCAACACCGUGUUUCAAAAAACAGCACAACUUCACGCAAUCUCGGUCUUGGUCGUCGCAAAUCUUCACCUAAAACCUCAUCUUCACGCAAUCUCGGUCGUCGUACAUCUUCAGGCGAACUCGAUCUCGGUCUUAAUAGGGUGUUUCGCCAGUGUUCGGUUCGUAGGACACCAUCUUCACGCACACGGUCGGAAUUGAGAGAGGGAGAGGGGUAUUGUACUUUUGACAAGCAUCCCACUCGCUCGACGAGAAUCGAGAGAGAAAUAGGGGGUUUUGUCCCGAAGCCAGCUUGCGGUUAUCCCUCAUCUUCUUCAUUUGUGCCGUUUUGGGAUCGGAGUCGUUCCUUGCUGGUUUGUUCGAUGGCAUCGAAAAGAAUCCUCAAGGAGCUAAAGGAUCUGCAAAGGGAUCCACCUACCUCCUACAGCGCUCCUGUUGCCACACCACACCUAACAAAACAGGCUGGAAAGACACCUGCGAACAAGCCAAAUCAGCAGACAUCAAAAUCUGGGGGAUCACAUUCCUGCAAGAGCUGCAACAGGACAUUUACAUCUGAGCAAGGCCUUGAUUCCCACACAAAAGCCAAGCAUGCUGAAUGCUCGGAACAACUCUGGCAUGAAACAGGCUUGGACAGGCUUGCACGGGAUGUUCCGAUUGAUAUAUUUCCAUUGAGAAAGUAA